AUAAAGAGUGGAGGGUAUUCUUGUCAUUUCAGGGUUUGGUUUGCAGACAAAAACAUUUGUUUUGUUGCAAAGCAGAAAACAGAAAAAAGGACUUGUCUUUUUGGUUUUGGUAGAAACAGAGAAAAGGACUUGUAAUUAGAAAGAUACCCACUUUCUGGUUAUCAAAAUCCAACUAUUUUGGUGAUGAAAUGGGCUAAUGUUUGAUACAUGAAAAAUCAAGAAAGCAUAGAGUUGUUGAUGAGGGUUUUGUUAUGCAAGAUCCACUGUCCUCCUUUCAAUUGUUUUGCCAACCCUUCUUCCACUUUAAUCUAUACACAAAAACAAAACAGCCCUCCUGCUCAAACACUUGGUGCUAUCAAUGGAGUUGAAGAAGAAGAAGAAAAAAGUAUAGAUGGGAAGCAGCAACCACACCAAGAACUCAAAAGUAGUCUUAAAAAUUGUUGUUUUUUGGAUUCACACAAGAAGAAAGUGCAGUGGAUGGAUUUCUUAGGGAAACAACUUGUUUAUAUUAGAGAAUUUGAAUCCAGUGAAAUGGAUGAUACUGAAAGUGAAGAUGAGAUGUAUAGAGGGUGUUCCUGUGUAAUUCUUUGAGCUUCAGUUACAAAUAGAAACUCUACACGAGCUGCAUUGGAGUCGAAGUCGGGUUUCAUUUGAUUAUUUCCUUUGGCUACGAGGCAUCAUCCUAUGUCGGACUGAAACUUGUCGAAGCCUACAUUUUGGUGUUUUGUCUCCAGAUUUUAGAAACUCUGGAAUCAUGUAUUCAUAAGUUAUAACAAAUUCAUAAAAUAUUGUUCCGUCUUACGUGCUAAUGUAGCCGGAAUCAACACAUUUUUAGGAGAUUGAUACAAGUGUUAGUAUAUUUCUCACAAACAUAUCAUGCUGUUUGUUAAUUUUAUAAAGUGAUAAUGAAUCUGCACCAUAUUCUUAA